AUGGCUGUUUUUCUGCUGGGAGCAGCACUGCUUUUUGUUCAACCUCAGGCAGUUCCUUCCAGGUCUGCUGCCAGUUUUAAAGGUGAGGCUGCUACUCAGAAAGAGCCCUUUAGGAAAGGUGACCUCAAAGAGAGCAUCCACCUCAAUGGGACACUCCAGCGGCUUCCACAAACUAUCAUCAUUGGUGUACGGAAAGGUGGAACGAGAGCUUUACUAGAGAUGUUAAGCCUCCAUCCGGAUAUGGCAGCAGCAGAAAGCGAAGUCCACUUCUUUGACUGGGAAGAGCAUUAUUCAAAUGGAUUGCAGUGGUAUGUGAGCCAAAUGCCAUUCUCGUACCCAUACCAGAUAACAGUGGAGAAAACUCCAGCAUAUUUCACUUCACCAAAAGUGCCUGAAAGAGUUUAUAGAAUGAACAAACUUAUCCGAUUGCUCCUUAUCUUACGAGACCCAACAGAGAGAGUGCUGUCGGACUAUACGCAAGUGUUUUUUAAUCACAUGCAAAAACAUAAGCUAUAUCCCUCCAUUGAAGAAUUCCUGGUUAAGGAUGGUGAACUCAACGUCAACUACAAAGCGAUAAACAGGAGCUUGUAUUAUUUUCACAUGCAAAACUGGCUGAAAUAUUUUCCUCUGGAUCACAUUCACAUUGUUGAUGGGGAUAAGUUAAUCAAAGAUCCUUUCCCAGAGAUAGUCAAAGUAGAAAGGUUUCUAAAUCUCUCACCUCAGAUAAAUGCUUCAAACUUUUACUUCAAUAAAACAAAAGGCUUUUACUGCUUAAGGGACAGUGGCAGGGAUAGGUGUUUACAUGAGUCGAAAGGAAGAGCACACCCCAAAGUAGAUCCAAUUUUACUUGAAAAGCUACACGGAUAUUUUCGUGAACCUAAUCAGAAAUUCUUUCAGCUUGUUGGCAGAACAUUUGACUGGCACUGA